CCAUCGCCCAACAGCCCCGCUCCUCUGGUGCAGAGCCUGCGCCUUGCAUAUCGAUCUCCAGACCCCACGUCCUCGCAUCCGUCUUCCCGGGCCUGCUCCCUCCGCUCCCCUGCUCCAUUCUCCCCGGCGGCCGAACAUGUGGUGCAUGCAUUGGUUCCUCGUUCUCUUCCUGCUCCCAUAUCCACAAGCGCCGUCCCUGUUCCUGCUGUCGCUGCUCGUCGUCAUGUUUCUCGAGCACAAGCCCUGCUUAUACUGCUCCAUCGUCAUCUUGGCCCUUCUUGCCACAUCUGGGGCGCUCUACCAAGAAUCGAUACAAGAGGAUACGCUGCUGUGGCUCGACUCGAUCAUGUCCGUGGCCGAUCACACCUGGCGGUCAAGAUAUUGGAUCAACUUUGACUCGGAGUCGUUCUGGUCGUCUCGGCUAUCGGGGAUGCAGCUUCGCGGCUGACCUCCGUCCCUGUCCUGCCUGGGACCGAGUGACGACGCACCGGCCCUUUGGCCGAACAAAUACUCAUCGCGGUAAUCAUCAAAGCAGAACCAAUCAUCCGAACUGCGACCGCCCGAGCCACCACGAGCUGCUCAGUCGCUCUCCAGAGGACGCCUUUGACUCUCACUCCUACU